AUCUGUCUUUUUUUGGCCAUUUGGCCACUGAAAUCUUCCAGCGUACUUUAUUGUAGAGAACCCUCAAAUCGUCCUCCACUAAACAAUGGAACAUAUUUGAAUAGAUAUCUCGUAACGAGACGUAUAUUCAAAUAUAUUGCUAUUAUUAUAUGGAUAUUUCAAUAAAAACGGUAACAACGAGACUCUCGUCGAUGUUACCGUUGUUAUUUAAAUAUCUAAAUGUCAGCAAUAUUUUGGAUACAUAAAUGGGCCCAAAGAAAGGCAUAAAAGACAAACGCAACGAGACCGAAACAACUUCAGACAGAUACUGAGAGACGGAGAGGCAGACGUUGCGUAAGCUAUACGUAAAAAGCGUACUACGGUGUAUUUAAUUCUCCUGACCAAUAGGGUGCCGAGGUCUGACCACAUGGCGUCAUGUAGCCUACUCUAGAAUUGCGCGCGUUCGAGAAGGGAAGCGGCACACGCACAAACACACGCACUCCAGCCUAUAUCUGUGAGUGUGUUUCCCGGCGGAGUUCCUCGUGUUUCCCGCUGAGCGGGUCGGGGUUCGGGUGGGUUAGGAGUAGACCAGGUUCGGGUAGCGGACUGCGGACCCGUCGUGCUCGACCAUGCCGCUGACGAAGGAGGGGUGCUACGGGCUGGCCGAAGGGGUGCCGGGCCGCCGUGUCUCCGUGUUUUACGUCAAACUCACCGACUGCGCGGCAAGAGCCGUCGACACUUUCCAAAACACUAAGAGCCAAACCUCCCACCCCACGAUCUGCUUUGCUGGAGACCAGGGGAGGUUAACGGUCCCGGGCUGUGACGGCGAUCUGGAGAGGAGGGUGUUUUCGUUCGGUCUGACCAGCAUGGUGCGCCAUACCCCCCACGGCAGCUUUGACUGCGUGCGCCAAUCGGCCACCAGAGAUGGUGGAGGGCAGCUGUCCCACGUGGGGCCGGUCCAGCAGAGGCUGACGGUGCAGGCCACGGACGCGUCCUACCAGAAGGCGUAUCAGAACUUUGCCCAGGCGGAGGAGGAGACGCGCAAGCGGGCCGCCAUCGUCAUCAAGGACGGCGGGCGGGGGCAGAAGCGGAGGGUGACGGUGAGGGCCCCGGGCCCCGCCCUGGUCAGCCUGGCCAGGCCCCGCCCCGCCGGCCAGGCCCCCCUGGGGGGGACCCCGAGGAGGAGGCCGGUUGCGGCGGGGGUGCGGAGUGCCCAGGCGGGCGUGGCCGGGCUGGAGACGGAGAAGCGGCCAAUCAGGGAGAGGCUGGUGCACCUGCUGGGGGUGCGGCCGUACCGGAGGGCGGACCUCCUCCUCAGGCUGCAGCAGGACGGACUGACGGACGGGGAGAAGGAGGAGCUGGACCAGCUUCUGCUGGAGGUGGGCCAGCUGAACAACAGAGACCAGACCCUGGUCCUGAGAGACCAGCUCUACUCAGAAGUCCAGAAGGACUGGCCCGGAUACACCCCCCUGGACCAGACGCUGCUCAAGAGGCACCUGGUCAGGCGUAUGUUCCGACCGUACAGGAGGCGUCUGUCGGUCCCGGGGGCCCAGGUCAGCCCGCUGAGGGACACGCCCAACUCCUCCCCCGCCCGCCACGCCCACAGACCCCGCCUGGCGGAGGAGCACCCCCCGGGCCACUCCCCGGCCCACAAGAAGCCGCGGGUGUCCCGCGUCUCGGCCAGCAACGGGGGGGUCGCCGUGGCGACGGGCGCCCCCCUGGCGACGGACACCGCCACCCCGCUGCGGAAACACCCCGCACGCCCCGCCGGCCGGACGGAGGCGGGGGGAGACGUCGCCGUGACGACGGAAGACGUCAAGCACAACAAAAUAAACAGCAGCAGGGGGAAGGCCCUGGACCCCCGUCGGCUCUCUGACUCCCUGCAGGCCGUCCGCCUGCAGAGGGGGGGGCGGGAGGAGGAGGCGGCGGAGGAGGUGGUGAUGGUGUCGGAGAGACUGCAGCCCUCCUUCUCCUGCUCUACUCCGAGGCCCAGGGAGAGCCAUAACCGUCUCCCCCAGGGGGGGGGCCCUCCCCCUGCCCGUCUCCCCCAGCACGGCCCUCACACCCGGGAGGAGGGCCCCCCACCCCCUGCUGAGUCUCCUCAGCCCAGGGGCCCCAAGACAGAGCGGCGCCCGAAGAAGAGGGGGACAAGCAGACUCGGCGAGCAGGAGAAGGUAAGGAGUGGAGACGGGGAGAGGACAGGAGGGUCAAACCCAGGAGAGCUGGAGACCAAAGGGACCUCUGAGUGUAAAGACACCGAUGGGGCGUGCCGUGACUCGGGUGUGCUGCGCGAUGCCGGCCCCAUGACGGACUACCUGUCGGCGUACACAGUGAUUCUUGACCAGCAGCAGCGCCUGCGCUACAAGCAGGACUUCAACCAGGAGUACCAGGAGUACCGCGGGCUGCACGCCCGCAUCGACGACCUGACGCGGCAGUUCAUGAGGCUCAACACACAGCUCAGGCAGCGCAGCCGCGGUUCCAGGGAGCACAAGACGAUUCGCAAUCAGAUUCUGCAACAAUAUCGCACCAUUAAAAAGUUCAAUCCAAACUACAACCAAGACAGGAUCCGCUGUGAAUAUCUGCACGACAAGCUGGCCCACAUAAAAAAGCUCAUCUCUGUGUACGACCAAACGGCGUCUAGCUCUGAGCCAUCGCAGACCCACCAGGUUCCUGCCAGCGGGGAUUAAGAUAAGCAACGACACAUUAACCAGGACCUGAGAGGGUUAACGCAAGAAUCGGUCCUGUCAUGUUCCAGGGUUCUCGUGACGUUUAGCUGUUUGCUCUAGAAGCCUUGUGUUCUGACACUGCUGGGAAACAAUCAAGUUGCCCAGCAGUAUUUAGUUGUUUUCAGUUUUUAAUUGUUGAUUGAAUCAACAAUUAAAAACCCUAGCCUCAGUAUGUAUUUAUUAUUAUUUUUUUAAUCGGUUAAACACACUUUGGAACACGUUUUGUAAUGUAUGGGUUAGGAAUUUUGAUAUUAUUGGCUUGAAAUCACGAAAAAGCGGUCAAUUUUGCCAUGGUACUCACAUGGUCUUCAGUUGGUCUGUAACAGAGAUAUGGAGUCAUUAUACUCGACAUCACCUGAGAGGACAGCCGGCUGGAUACUCUAAACUCCCUGUUAAACUGUGUGUGUGUGUGUGUGUGUGUGUGUGUGUGUGUGUGUGUGUGUGUGUGUGUGUGUGUGUGUGUGUGUGUGUGUGUGUGUGUGUGUGUGUGUGUGUGUGUGUGUGUGUGUGUGUGUGUGUGUGUGUUUCCCCGUCUCUACGGCAUCACAGGGAACUAAUUCAGUGACCGGGAUAUGUGAAUGACCGCGAGUUGCGAGUGUUUUGCAUGAAUGAUCAACCACGCUGAAUGUAUUUGGUUUAUAUUGGUCACAGAGACUUGACUUUGAAUGUUGAAUGUAUUUGGUUCAUGAUGAUCACAGAGCUUCAACUCUGAAUGUUUAAUGUAUUUGGUUCAUGUUGGUCACACAGCGGUUGCUCUGAACUUUGCCUUCAUGUAGAGUUUCUGUAAAUUCAUAAGCAGUUUUCUAUUUUUUUUAUUCUCCUGUUUCCUAUUAAGCGUUCAAUAAAUUAUUUGAUAUAUUGGUAGAUU